AUGUCUGAAGACUGUUAAACAUUGAAGGUGUUUCUCAUUUCGUUUUCUUUUUCUGAAUGCCUUAAACUGUGGGUAAUAUUGAACCAAAUUCGAGAUGUUUACAUUCCGUAGACCGAAAGAAUCGGCUAACUUCAGCACGAUGCUGAUACAAUCAGUUCUUUUCGAGGUGGAAGAUAGGGAGACGAUGUGGGUUCAGCUUAAGGGGGGUCAAAGAGCUGUUUGUUGCACGGAGGAUCUUGCGAAACUCGGUGUUUGUUUGGAAGGCGAAGUUAUUUAUCGCCCUUCCACCGCGACUCCGAACUGGCCCAAGGUGUUGGGUGUUGCUUUUAAGGAAGAUGAUGAGGUUGCAAGAUUGAGAUAUAGGUCUAUAAAGGUUAGUAAAACCGGGAUGUAUAACUUGUACUUCAUUCACUGUGAUGCAAACCAUAAAGAUUUGACUGUGGAGGGGAAGGCUGUCUGGAAGAAUCCUGCCGGCUGUCAACCCGGUCGAAUGGCGCCGCUGAUGAACUUCUACAUGUUCAUGUCGCUUGUUUUCGUGAUCCUCGGAAUCUUUUGGUUCUCGCAGUAUGCUAGAUUUUGGAGAGAUGUGCUUCCUUUGCAGAACUGUAUAACAUUGGUGAUAACGCUCGUCAUGCUUGAGAUGGCUCUUUGGUAUUUCGAUUAUGCCGAGUUCAACGAGAAUGGUAUCAGGCCUGUCGGCAUCACCAUGUGGGCUGUUACCUUCGGUACUAUCAAACGUACGGUUUCACGGAUUAUUAUUUUGAUGGUUUCUAUGGGUUACGGUGUCGUGAGGCCGACCCUCUGCUGGCUGACUUCGAAGGUAAUCAUGCUUGGAGUAACCUUCUUUCUGGCAUCCGAACUUCUUGAACUGAUGGAAAAUGCCGGUGCGGUGAGUGAUCUUUCGGGAAAGGCGAAACUGUUUUUGGUUCUUCCCGUCGCAAUCUUAGAUGCCUUCUUCAUUCUUUGGAUAUUUACUUCUCUCUCUGCAACUUUAAAUAAACUUCAGGCUAGAAGGAUGAUGGUAAAACUGGUUAUAUACAGGAAGUUCACAAAUGCACUGGAGGUAGCCGUUAUCGCAUCCGUGGGUUGGACGUAUUACGAG